UGCAUACUGUAAGCGCCUUGGAGCCUCUAUGAAGUGUUGUGAGGAGAGCUGUGGGCGCUCGUAUCAUUACCCCUGCGCGGCUGCUGCCGGAACCUUCCAGGACAUGAAGAAAUGCACCGUCCUCUGCUCAGACCACAUCCAACAAGCUCUCAUACGAUCAAAAGAUGAGGUGCACUGUGUGGUGUGUGACAGCCCUGGAGAUCUUCUGGACCAGCUGUUCUGCUGUACGUGUGGCCAGCAUUACCACGCAAUGUGUCUGGACAUCACAAUAACACCGCUUAAGAGGGCAGGCUGGCAGUGCCCCGAAUGUAAAGUCUGUCUCGCGUGCAAGUGA